GCUCUCGCUCUCUCUCUCUCUCUCUCUCUCUCUCUCUCUCUCUCUCAGUCGCUAAUUGUGCUUCCUACCGACUGACAACUUGUUUGUCUGUUAGCGCAUUGGCUGCCCAUGGGCGCUGCUGCUGUUUACACACUCUGUGCUGCUCCGCCGAGCUGGGCUGUCCGGUGCGCCUCUGCGGUCGGUUCGGGACGGUAUCGCGCUCCACUUUUUUAUGAAUGAAUAACGAGACGGGGAAAUGCCAGUGACUGCGAAACUCCCCAGCAGCCCGGCUCCCGGGGGGCCAGCUACCGAUGAGAGGGAUUAACGACGGAGCGGAGCCGCAGCUCAUUGCGGAAAAGCCCGAGUCUGACUGCAGACUGGCGUGGAAACGCACCGCGAGGGAAACGGGCUCCAUAGCGUAGAGCAGCGGAACAAAACAGCGCUGACCACAAUGUCCAUCCACAUUGUGGCUCUGGGCAGCGAGUGCCCCGGAGGGGUCGGGCCCGGGGAGGAGAUCAUGGGCCAGGGGCAGCUGCAGGGAGGUCUGCUGUGGAGCUACCUGGGUCAUGGAGCGCUCGUGGGACCUUGCGACCUGGAAAGCAGCCUGCACAACCCGGCCUUCAUGGAGUACACCUCACGCGUCUUUGGGGAUGUCACUGUGGUGGUUCGGGACUGUCCCAGCUGGGACUUGUUGGACAGCGACUGGGCCAGCGUACGGAAAGUUCUCGAGCAGGCAGACAUCCUGGUCAUUAAAUAUUCAGUCACGGACAAGCUGGCCUUCCAGCAGGUCAGGAACGGCUACGCCCCGAGACUCCGUCCGCUCCUGAGGCACUGGGGUGUUCCUGUCAUCCUGGUCGCUGUUGGGGCGCGGCUGAACGAUGAGGGCCCUCCGUGUACGUGUCCGCUGUGUGCGUCCGACUGGAGCAGCUGUGUGCCUCACAGUGAAGGUCUGCAGCUGUCCCGGGACCUGGGGGCCACCUACCUGGAGCUGCCCUCUCUCAACCACGUCUUCGUGGGUCGCUACUUCGGCAGUGUGCUGGAAUACUUCAUGAUUCAGUGUCUGAAACACAAAGCCAAAGAGAGGCCAGAGAAGAGACGAGGAAACAAAGUGAACGACCUUCGCCCCCCUCAUUUAGAACAACCAGCACGUCUUCCUCCUAUCCGUGUGGAAGAGUCCAGCUUCUCCCAGGACAUGCAGUGGUUGCUGGAGCGUGGCGUGCAGUUUGCCGAUGUGGCUUUCUAUGCCGGAGACUCUGGGAAAGAACUGGGGUGGGCGCACGCUGCUGUUCUGUGUGCUGUCAGCCCCUACUUCAGACAGUUGCUCUUGGGGCCCAAGACAAGGGAACGUCCCCAGUCUCGGUGUGUUUGCAGAGAACGGGAUGGAGGUCCUCAUUCGUUGCUCUCCACCUGGGAUGGUGGGUUUAUUGAUGACAUGCCACGAUCUGAGGGGCACCUGACAGGACGCCUCUCUCGUCUGGUGGUGAAGGACCCCCUCCUGUGUAUGUGCUUGUGGGAGACUCUCAUGUUCAUUUACAGAGGAGCGUGGGAGUGGGAACACCUCCAGGAGGCCUUGGAGGAGAAGCUGAAGAAUUCGCUAGCGGUGGCUCAGCUUAUGGACCGCAUACGAUCCCUCAUUGGCAGAGAGAGGGGCCCCAGGGACACCCCAAGCGCACGGGCAGCUCAGCUUGGGCCCCAGACUCUUGUCAACCUCUUCAAUUCCCCUCUUUACUCUGAUGUCAUCUUCAUGGUGCAAGGGAGUGUAUUGCCAGCCCACCGGGCAGUGCUGGUGGCGCGCUGUGACGUUAUGGCCGCCAUGUUCAGCGGGAAGUAUGCAGAGGCCCGGAGCCGAGUGGUGCCCAUCCACGGUGUCUCCUCGGACACCUUCCUGUCUUUCCUGGAGUACCUCUACACUGACUCCUGCUGUCCUGCCAGUGUGCUGCAGGCCAUGGCCGUGCUGGUCUGUGCCGAGAUGUACCAGGUGAAACGUCUGCAGCAUCUGUGCGAAGUGUGUGUGUGCGCUUACCUUCAGAGCAUGCCCAGUAGAGAGCUGUCAUCAACGGGUAUCAGCGUGAUCCGACUGCUCCGCCGAGCAAAGUGCCACAAUGCCGAGCAGCUGUAUGUCUGGCUCCUCCACUUCAUCGCCAACAACUACCUGAUCUUCAGCCACAAGCCUGACUUCCUGGAGCUGUCAGAUGAGGAGCGGGAGCAGGUGGAGAGGCUACGCUGGCCAUCCAGAGGCUACCUGCAGGAGCUCAGUGAGUACCAGCAGCGGCGACGCAAGCUACGCAAGUCCCGCUGCAUCGUCAUGUGA